GCCGAUGCAGACGAAGCACCACCACCGCAGCAGCAAGCCAGCAACGAGCGAUCAGCCCUCGCCGUUCCCUCUCGACCGGCCGUGCUUGCCUCCGGUGCUGCGCCCUGCUUGGUCGAGUCGAGGAGCUCCCUGCAGAGAAAGCAAUUAAGCUUAGAGAGAGGUCGAUCGGGAUGGCGGACAAGGUCGUGGCCACCUAUUACUACCCGCCGAUGGAGGUGGCCGCCGCCGAGCUCGGCCAGACCGCCGGCUCCAAGCUCGACGACGACGGCCGCAACAAGCGCACCGGCACGAUGUGGACGGCGAGCUCGCACAUCAUCACGGCGGUGAUCGGGUCCGGGGUGCUGUCGCUGGGCUGGGCCAUCGCGCAGCUCGGCUGGGUGGCCGGCCCCGCCGUCAUGCUGCUCUUCUCGCUCGUCACCUACUUCACUUCGUCUCUGCUCGCCGACUGCUACCGCUCCGGCGACCAGAGCACCGGCAAGCGUAACUACACCUACAUGGACGCCGUCAACGCCAACUUGAGUGGCAUCAAGGUGCAGAUCUGCGGGGUGCUGCAGUACGCAAACAUCGUCGGGGUGGCAAUCGGCUACACCAUCGCCGCCUCCAUCAGCAUGCUCGCCAUCAAGAGGGCCAACUGCUUCCACGGCAACGGUCACGCCGACCCCUGCAAGGUCUCCAGCGUGCCCUACAUGAUCAUCUUCGGCGUGGCCCAGGUCUUCUUCUCCCAGAUACCCGACUUCGAUCAGAUCUCCUGGCUCUCCAUGCUCGCCGCCGCCAUGUCCUUCACCUACUCCUCCAUCGGCCUCGGCCUCGGCAUCGUCCAAGUCAUAGCAAACGGAGGAAUGAAGGGCAGCCUGACCGGCAUCAGCAUCGGCACAGUGACGCCCAUGCAGAAGGUGUGGCGCAGCCUGCAGGCGUUCGGGGACAUCGCAUUCGCCUACUCCUACUCACUCAUCCUCAUCGAGAUCCAGGACACCAUCCGGGCGCCACCGCCGUCGGAGUCCACAGUCAUGAAGCGCGCCACCAUGGUCAGCGUGGCGGUGACUACGGUCUUCUACAUGCUCUGCGGCUGCAUGGGCUACGCGGCCUUCGGAGACGCCGCCCCCGGGAACCUCCUGACGGGGUUCGGCUUCUACGAGCCCUUCUGGCUCCUGGACGUGGCCAACGCCGCCAUCGUCGUCCACCUCGUCGGCGCCUACCAGGUGUACUGCCAGCCCCUGUUCGCCUUCGUGGAGAAGUGGGCGGCGAAGAGGUGGCCGGAGUCGACGUUCGUCACCGGCGAGGUCGAGGUCCCGCUCUUCCGGACGUACAAGGUGAACAUGUUCCGGGCGACGUGGCGGACGGCGUUCGUGGUAGCGACGACGGUGGUGUCCAUGAUGCUGCCCUUCUUCAACGACGUGGUGGGGUUCCUGGGCGCGCUGGGGUUCUGGCCGCUCACCGUAUACUUCCCGGUGGAGAUGUACGUGGUGCAGAAGAAGGUGCCCAAGUGGAGCACGCGGUGGGUGUGCCUCCAGAUGCUCAGCGUCGGAUGCCUCGCCAUCUCCCUUGCCGCCGCCGCAGGGUCCAUCGCCGGCAUCAAAUCCGACCUCAAGGUGUACCACCCAUUCAAGACAUAAUUGACGGUUGAUGAUCGUGCACGCACAAACAAUACCUCAAGGUGUAGGAUUGAAGAAAAGGAAGUUAUUGGCAUUCAAACAAAUCAAAGAAGUGAACAUAAAAUUGCGCACCAUUUCCUCUCUUCUAUUCUUGUCUUAGGUCUUUGUUCCUCACUUGGGACGAUCAACGAUGGAUGGAGUGGUGGUGUGUAAUGAGUGAAUGGAAUGGCUUGUGAAAGCUAUGGAUGGAUGCAGCCA